ACAUAAUAUUUUUCUGAAAUUUCAAAUCAUUAUAAAUAGGUAAAAAUGUCUACCAAUUCACGGAAACCCAGUCUUUUUGCUUUAAAAAUGCAAAAACGAAUAAGUCAACAAAACAAUUUGUCUCUUGAACCCGAACUCUGCAAAACUUCAUUUGGAGAUACUAGUGUUAUAUUAAGUGGCCCUGAAGCAAGUGAUAUACACAAAGAAAAUGUUCAAAAACUUACUAGUAUGAGUGAUGAAGAGUUAUUGAAUGCUAAAAAUGAAUUGAUUAAUAGCAUGGAUGGAAAAUUAAUUGAAUUUUUAAAGUCUAAGCGAAACAAUGACUGCAUGCAUGGAAAGUAUGAUCUCAAACAAAAGGACAGUGAUAGAGUAAAAUUAGUUAAUACUCAAAAUAUGAUAAAAGAAGAUAAAAUGAAACAUUUAUCUUAUAUGAAAGAUCUAGUUAACAAUGGUCUAAAUAUGGAUGUAAUUGAAGAAGAGAAACUUGGAUGGACUGGUGAUGUAGUUGUUGAAAAUGAAAACAAAGAUAUCUAUACUGCUCGUUUUGGUCUUGAUGGCAAAUUGCUACCAUAUAUUAUUGAAAAUAAGACUACAGUUGAUGGUUUACAUCAUCAUGGUGAAGAACAUCAUCGUCCUGGAUAUACUAUAGAUGAACUUUAUUCUUUUCUUCGUAAGAAUCAUGCUCCUCAAAGAAUAUUAGCCUUAGAUGUUUUAUCGAAACUUAUCAAUAAUGCUUGCUCUUAUGAUUCAGUUUUAGACAAACCACUUUUAUGUUCUCUGAUGGAUUCUGGUAUGUUUUUAUUGUUGCGAAUUGCAUUAGAUGACACUAACAUUGCAAUUAUUACAAAUUCAUUGAAAGCUAUGGGAAAUUUAUUUUCAAGAAAAUCUGACCGUACAAUGUUAACUGGUUUAUCAGGGUGUAAUUGUAAUAUUGCUUUACCUGUUUAUAUAGUUCCAGACGCAGAAAUCAAGCAAAAUGAAUUAGAGAAAUCCUCUGAUUUUGAUUUGAUUGUAUUAGAUCUUGUACAAGGAGCACUGAGAACUGAUUUAAUUUUAAGAUUGCAGUAUAUUGUUUUCUAUAUGAAUAUAGGAUCUAGUUGUCUUUUAGACAUAACAGAAAUUUUAACUGGCAUUGCAUCCAGAGGAGAAAAAUAUGCACUUUUAGUUGUUGAGACAAAUUUAUACAAACAUUUGUAUUCUUUAGUUUUUACUAACUUACAAUCUGAUGAUUUAUCAGAAAUCUUUAUAUUCCUCACUCGUAUAAUUAGUAGUCAGUCAAUUAAAUGUGCUUUAAAACUAUUAGAAAUGAAAAUCUUAGAUUCUAUAUUUAAGUAUAUAAAUAAUCCGACAAAGACUCCAUUACUAUUACAGUGUUUAUACCUGUGGCAAACAUUUUUUGAAUAUAAGUUAGCUGGUCAAACAAUUGCUGAAGUAGCCAAUCUUGUAUUAAAGUUUGUUGAUCGCUCAGUUGGGCUUAGUGCAGAUUUAACAAACACUGAUUUGUCUUUAAUGUCAGCAAGUUUAAGUCUAAUUGACUCAGCUUUAAGAAAUUUUGGUCAAAUUUAUAUCGAUCCAGUUUAUCAGCUUACAGAAAUUAUUUUAGCAAAACUAUUAAGUAGCUCUGAUCUACCAAAUUUUGAAACUUCAAAACUAAUUGGUAACUGUUUCUCUGUCCUCAGUUCUAAGAAUUUAAAAUUUAAUUCUGUUUCGUUGAAAGCAGUUGAAUAUUUAAACAAACAUUUUGGAAAAAUUUGUGAAAUACUGUAUGAUAAAUCAUGGUUAAUGAGCAAUUAUGUGAACAAUAGUCCAAAAUGCUAUCCUAGUCUUGGAUACAUAAAUUUAUCAUUAAAUGGAGGAGAGCCUUUGUUUAUGUUAAUUGGACUUAUGAAAUUCUUAUGCAAUAAUCCUAGUCAUUUUAAUAUCCCUAAACAAUUUUGGACAUAUUUAAAUAAACUAAUGAAAUCAUCUAUUGAAGUUUCACAUUGGUAUUGCAGAUAUGAAAUACAUUUUUUAAUAUAUUUACUAAAAGCUUUAAAAAACAUUGAAUUUGAAGUUGACUCAACCCAUAAAAUUGCCAUAACACUUAUGUCGUUUAUACCAAAAUAUAUGGCUGAAGAAUUGUAUUAUACAUUAAAUUUGUAUUUCAACAGUUAUUUCAGAGAAAGUAUCAAACACGAAAGCAAUUUUGAAAUUUUAAAAUCAUUCUAUGAAUUAUUAAUACCCAAUAUCAAAAGCACUUGUGCAAAUAUAUUAAUUACUGAAUUAGAUCCUAUUUUACCAAAGGAUUGGUUAUUUUUACCAAUUUUGAAAAUUCAUGAAACUGACAAUUUUAAAAGCUCAAAAGAAGGUGAAUCACUUCUUAAAGAAACAUUAGCUAAUGUAUUAUUUAUGGAAAUAAAUCAUCCAGAGGUUUGUGAACAAACUCCAUUGGCUGCACGCUAUUGCCGUGUGGCUUGUACAUUUAUGUGUGGUCGUCGUGGUACAAUUUUUCAUGAGGUAAAAUCAAUAUUGAAUCAGAUUUGGCAUGUAUACGCAGCUCAAAAUAACAAUUUGAAUUUUAAAGAUCCUAUACAAGGAGUUGAAUCUUUCUAUGAUUUUUACAAAACACUGUGUGAACAUUAUGUAAGUGUAUCGUAUUCUGACACAGUGUUUGGGGCAUAUGUAUUGCUUCCUUUACAAAGAAAACACAGUGUUGAAUUAAGAAAACUGGUUUGGUCAGAAAUUGAGUUGCCACAGACUAUAAAUAUUGAUGAAGAACAUCUGGAUCGAAUACCACUACAUAAUUAUACUCAGCCAGUUGAAACAAAUACAGAACUUCUUAAAAUGUAUACUCGAGCUAUGAGUUUAAGACGAAAAUUUAUUAUGUAUCAUAUAGCUUUAUCACAUUUAAAACAAAUUUAGUUGUUUAUAAUAAUAUGUAUUUUUAUUUUUACUUACUUUAUG